AUGAAUCAUGAAUAUCAUGAAUAUCUAACUGAUAGAUUUUUUGUUGAAGUAAAUAUUCGAAACAUAGAUAUUAAAAAAUGUAUCAUGUCAUAUGGACCAUGUCGACCUGAUAUUGUAUUUCCUAUUACAAAAAAAGAAGAUGGCUCAUCUUAUCAUUUUCCUUCUUAUUAUUAUGAACAAACAUUAAAAUCUGAUGUAAAAAUACCAAGAUUUUGGUUAUAUUAUUCAGUUGGUUUGGAUUGUGUAUACUGUGAGACAUGUUGGCUCUUUGCUAAUCGCCACUAUUCAUAUUUUAAAAACGCUUGGAUUAUUGGUAUAAAUGACUGGCCAAAUUUAACAAAUAAAAUAACUACACAUGAAAAGUCGUUGCAACAUAUUGAAACAAGUAAAACUUGUUCCUUAUGGAAACAAAAUGAAACAAUUGACAAAAUAUCUGAACGACAAUAUUCAGAAGAGGCUUUGUUUUGGAGAAACGUACUAGAAAGAAUAAUUAAAAUAAUUCUUUUUCUAACUGCUGAUAACACAGCACUAAGAGGCCAUGAACACAAAAAAUGUAACUUUAUGCGUUCAGUACAAUUGUUAGCUGAAUAUGACCCUAUUUUAAAUCAACUUUUAAAUGAUGAAAAAAUUAAUAAAAUAAUUCAGUUGGAAGAUUCAAAAUGA